AUGGCAAUGGCCAUAGCUCGACCCGACCGCACCUCUUCCUUCUCCAGUCAAAACGAAAGCCCUAUCGACGACCAACUCCUCUCUGCCAUCACAUCCACCAGUAUAAGUGGUCUUCAUACACAUGGCUCUUCUUCCUCUUCAACCUCCUCCGCCUCCACCGACGGCAUAACCAGGCACAACGCCUCCGAGGCCGACGAUGGCCCCGUCUUAUCUCGGCUUCUCGUCAACGUGGAUCUGUUCCCCAUAAUCGUAUCCUACCUCGAUACCCAGUCCCUCCUCUCCCUGAGUUCCAUCAAUGCUCGCUUUCGACGCGAGAUCUUUGUCCCCUUGACGCCCAACCUCUGCUGCCUGAACCUUUUCCUCCAAGAGCGGACAGUUGUCUGUCCGAUGGCUCAGUUUGAGAGCCUCAAGGACUUUAUGGCCAAAUACCGAUGCUUCAAGCCCGUCCAUCUGCACUUUACAUACAGCGAUCGAUCUAGCCUCAUGUCGCUCGUGCCCGAGAUCACAGCACCGAUUUACAAUUCCAAGGUCGAUACUUCGUUCUCACAUCCUUCCACAUCGCCCCUGGCAACCUCACAUCUCACAGGCAUCAACCAGAGUAUUAGUAUCAACAUCACCAGCGCCAACAGCCUUUAUCAACACCACCACCCAGUCAUCCAAUCGCCGCCCGUCCGACAGUCCUUGCUCCACACCCAACAUGAGAACGACCAGCCAGAGAUAUCGAGCCCCAGUAGUAGUGGCAGUCUCCAAGCCCUGUCAACACAGCAUGCGACCAUCAACCGGCUCAAGACCACAAGAACGAGCAGCAGCAGCAGCACUGACAGUGCCCUCAGUGACAGCUAUGACAGUACAGGAGAGAAUAUGGCACAGCAGGUCAAGGUGUCGGCCUCGGCUUCUUCGGAAGACACAAUUGGAAGUUCAAUUGACAUUCCAAUGGCUGAAUAUGCGGCGACAUCCUCUACCUCGACGGCGACGACAACAUCAGCAACUACGACAACUCUGGGCAACAUUGCCUCCUCUGAUACGACCACCUAUCAUCAACAGCGACAGCAAGCACAAGAACAACAACAACGUCAGAACCAGCAAAAACAGCAACCUCAGUAUACCAGUCGCUCUGUCGAUUAUUACGGCAACGGCAGUAACAACCACACUCCUAACAACACUCAUCAUGGUGGAUCACUCGGCCUUCACUCUGUCUCUGUUUUAUCCGAAUCGAUCCCAGUCCACUCCAGCUCAUCGUCGUCGACGUCACAGCACAGUCAGCAUGGUUUCGAGCUAUCGUAUUGGCAAAAGUUUGCCCUGAAUGAGCUAUUUAUGCGCCUCCUCCCGUUUCUCCGAACGCUGACGAUUGGCAGGACCGACAAACCGACGAGGCGUGCACGAGAUGAGGAAUUGGCGUCGAUCAAUGGCGAGCUCUCGGCUGGAGUAUGCUUCUUCCUGGCGCGGUGCUUCAACGUGAUGCACGACAUGCCUGAUACGGCGCUCGAAUCGGUCGUCUGGAUGGAUGUUACUGCCAAAGAUGUUGUCCUCCUCAUCACGAUGAUCGAACUUCGGGAUAUCAUAGUCGAUGAGAGAUACUGGAAGCGUGGAUACUGGGCUAUCGAUCGACCUCGCGUGCGACCCACUAGUGCCUUAAGAGACACUGCCAUCAAUGACGGAGAUUACGAGGAUGACGAGGACGAUGAAGGCGAUUGGGACGGAUUCUAUUACCUGAUCAACCAUGAAGGUGCUGAGAAGAAGGUCUCACAGCCCAAGAAGAAGUCGUCAUUGAAGGGUGCGGGUCAGGCCCCUCGACGGAAGGUUAGCACCAUCAGGGACUUUAACGCCAACGGCACGAAAUCAGCUUCAUCAGAUUCAUCCACCACAUCAUCAAGGUCGCCAACAACUAUGACAGCAACGUCAUCAUCAUCGUCAUCUACAUUGCCAUCGACAUUCUCGAAACAUACGAUCGCCCAAAUUCCACCACAGCAAUCCGUCUCUGGAUUGGGUCAGCUUGUCAUGACCGCAUCGUCAACGACAACGGGAACAUCAACAACAACGUCAAGCAACCUAUCAUCGUCGGCCAGCGCGAUCCUCGAUCAUACAAGGAAGAUCCGCAGAAACAUCCCGGCGCCAGAGCCCUGGCAAGGUUUCGGUGAAGGUGUAUUGGAAUCGAGCCCCAGGAAAGUGUUCGUCACAGAAGAGCUCCCACCGGCAGUGCAGCUGUUUGAGGCCUUGAAAGCCGAGAUCAACGAUGUUGUGGCGGCGGCCCGCUCUUCUGGCAAGGGCAAGAAACCGUCGAUCAUGACCUCUAGUUCCUGGCGAUAUUAG